GAUAUCCAUCCAAACUGUGCCAUCUGCGGUCAUCUCCCUCCUGGAGAGACCGAGUGUCCCCAUGAGAGCGACCGGCUCCAACAGGCCGUCGAGCAAGCCGAGCAUAAAUGGAUCGAUACAUGGCUAACAAACGUUCGUGAAUGGGCCACAAACACCGCCGUCGCCCACGUCACAAACUCCUUCGACUCCCUCCGCGAUCGUCGCAAACAGGAGUACCGUUCCCACGUCAGCGCUCUCCCAUAUUACCCCCAGUACGCCCAUUACCGCGGGCAACCCCCGCCGCACAUCGUCCAUCCCAGCUUCCUUUCUGCGCUUCGCCAACAAGUCCGGAUCGCCGACGACCAACUCCAGCGGUUGAUCGACGAGGACUGGAAAGCAUGCGUGCGCACCUACCCGAAGGUUCUGGAGUAUUAUUACGCGCAGAUCGAUGUUAGUUCCCCGCGUGAU